GAGAUGUGCGCAAGCUUCUCGAGGAAUUUGAAGGAGUACUGGGUGAGCCCAAGGGACUACCACCCCACCGGGAGUUCGACCACCGCAUACCUCUAGUCAAUGAGCAGCAUUCUGUACACGUUCACCCUUAUAGGUACGCUCACUUUCAGAAAACUGAGAUCGAAAGGCAAGUAGCUGAGAUGUUAGAGUCUGGGUUAAUUCAGCAUAGCUCGAGUCCAUUUUCAUCACCAGUGUUGUUAGCUAAGAAGAAUGAUGGUACGUGGAGGUUUUGUACCGACUAUCGGGCUCUGAAUGCCGCGACUAUCAAGGAUCGAUUUCCUAUUCCUAGUGUCGACGACAUGCUCGAUGAGUUAGCAGGAUCACGUUACUUUUCAAAGCUCGACCUAAGAGCUGGAUAUCAUCAGAUCCGACUCCACAAGGCCGACAUUCCAAAGACAACUUUUUGUAUGCAUCAGGGGCACUAUGAAUAUAUGGUGAUGCCAUUCGGGCUGUGCAAUGCUCCAUCUACUUUCCAAUUCGCUAUGAAUUCCAUCUUCAAGGAGUAUCUACGUAAGUUUAUUCUAGUUUUCUUUGAUGAUAUCUUGAUGUAUUCGAAGUCAUGGGCUGAACAUCUGGAGCAUUUGAGAGUGGUGUUCGAAGUCUUGGAGGCUAACUCGUUUCACAUCAAGCCGUCCAAGUGUUCGUUCAGGCAGGAGAUGGUUGAGUACCUAGGCCACCUUAUAUCCUAUGAUGGC